UGAACGUGAAAGCGAACACUCCAAACAUGCUAAAGUGGAUAUGCAGGCUAGCCGUAUUCGAGUCAAAGAAAGAUUAGGUCUAUCUGCGGGUAUAGUGUUUAUAAUGGGAGCAGUGAUUGGAUCAGGAAUAUUCAUUUCUCCUCGUGGCGCCUUAAAGAACAGUGGAUCGGUAGGGGCUAGUCUGUUGAUAUGGGUCGCAUGUGGCCUGCUGUCUAUCAUCAUAGGACUAGUGUACGCCGAGCUAGGAGUCAUAUUGCCGAAGUCUGGCGGCGAUUAUACGAUAAUAAGGACGGGCAUUGGCAACAUUCCCGCCUUUCUCAUCUCAUGGACAACAACAACGGUAACCCACGCAGGAAGCCGAGCAGUGCUGGCCCUGGUCUUCGCAGACUACCUUUGUGCACCUAUCUUUGGUGCUUGUAAAGCGCCGGAUAGCAUCCGUAAAAUGAUAGCUGCAGUUCAACUGUUACUUCUGGCUAUAACGAAUACAAUCAGUGUCAACAUUGUUGCCUCGGUGCAAGGAUUGUUCACGUGUCUUAAGAUUGCAGCUCUCGUUGUUAUAACUGCUGGAGGGUUCGUUUACUUGUUCGAGGGCAAAGCAGAAAACUUUGAACAUGCUUUUGAGGGUACAACAUACGACGUUACGUCUAUCUCGCUGGCAGUUUAUAGUUGCAUGUGGGCGUACGGUGGAUAUAACAAUCUGAAUGAAAUAGCUGAAGAAAUGAUUAAUCCAAAGAAAAAUAUUCCAAAAUCGAUCAUUAUAUCCCUGUCGCUCGUCACCCUUAUUUAUAUAUCAACGAAUGUUUCGUAUUUCACACUAUUAUCAAAAGACGAGUUCCUAUCUGUAAAUGCCGUCGCAUUCAGUUGGGGCGAACGAGUUCUUCGAACUGGUGCUAUAUUUAUUCCUCUCAGCGUCAUGUGUUCCGUCUACGGGGCAUCUAAUGGUGGAUUUUUCACGGACGUGCGGGUGAGGUUUGCAGCCGCUAGAGCGGGUCAUUUACCGGAGAUAUUGUGCUACCUACACCAUAAGACAAGGAUACCGCUCGGUGCGCUUAUCUUCAAUACAGUUGUUUCAAUCAUUAUGCUUAUUCCCGCCGAUGUUUCGGAACUGAUCAACCUCGUCAGUUUCAUAGGAUUUCUCACACAGGGACUCACAAUCGUUUCGUUUAUGAAAUUAAGAUACGAUCGAAGGAACAUGCCCAUUAAUAAGGAUGACUUUCGGAUUCCAAUGAUAAUACCAGUUAUUGCGUUGCUUGUUUGUAUAUUUAUGGUUGUUUCUCCGUUUGUUUCAAAUCCAAAGAUUGAGUUCCUCUACGGUGCAGGAUUUAUUCUUUCUGGGCUUAUCUUGUACUUUCCAUUCGUCCAUUUUGGUUGGAUAAUUCCGGGCUGGGAUAAAGUCACCACGUUCUUCCAGUUGUUUAUGGAAAUGUGCCCGACUGUGUUAGAUGCUGACUUGGAUAUUUAGAGGAAUACACACAUCGA